CUUCAUCACCCUCUUCGUGACUUCUCUUCCCAUACCGCACCACAAUCGAUCGACUCUCCACACCAAGAACUCAUUCGACUUUAAUCAAACCACCGACAACAUUUCAGCUGCAAUCGGCUUUUCUGGUCCCAAUAUGGCCGCUAUUCUCCUCAGCUGUCUAGGCCUAACGACUUCCAAGCUCAGAGCCAAGCAGAGAGCGAAGAAGGAACGCGAGCAAGAGUACGAAGAGAAUUUCGAUAUUUUGAAGGAGCAAAACGCAAACCGCGUCCGACAACUCUCCAAUCAAGGAUCAUACCAAGGAUCAAUGGACGGCAGGACCCUCUAUGGUGACGGCGUUACUGAUCACGCACCGGAGAUGCAACAGCACCACUCAAGAAAUGGUUCGACUGCACAACCCACUGCAGCCGCGCCCGCACCGCCAAAAUACGAUGACAUCGUCGAAGAAACGGCGUCGAGACAUUCAGGAUGAGCAAGCCUGACUCUUCGUCGGACACGAAUCUCUUUUUCAUCAUUACGAAUCAAACACGACGAACAACGAACACGAAUUCAUCAACAAGUAUCUGCAAGCUUCUUCCACUCUAAGAACAUAGCAACGCCGCUUCCGGAAAUGCGGAACUUUGACGCAGCAUUUACACAACAAUUACACGUCCUUCUUCGGAAGUGCCACCGAACCCCGACACAUUGUUGUCACGAUUGGCAACGUACCUCGUCAUAGGUCGGUUCGUCUUUUCCGGUCAUCUGCAUGCUACACUGCGCAGUGGUAGACCUUCUCGAGCGAGACUCUGGCAGCCCAUCAGACCUGUUCGGUAGCCAGUAUCAGGCAUGGGCAAUGUGGAUCAAGGGAGUCAUGUGGUGUCAGCAUAUAGCAUUUUGUAAGCUAGGAGUUAUUCUGUGGGU